GUCUGGUCCGCCGUCCGCACUUCCGGGGCCGACUUCCGGCAGCAGCGGGGGCAGUGGUUUCGCGAAACCAGUAGCCUGUGUUCCACGCCAUGGCGUCUCCAAGCGCCGGGCCGGCGGAGCUGGGCUUCGUGGAGGCGGUGCCGUCGUGGCGGCUGCGCAGCGAGCAGUUUCCCAGCAAGGUGGGCGGCCGGCCGGCGUGGCUGAGUGCGGCCGGGCUGCCCGGGCCCCCGGAGCUGGCCUGCCCGCUGUGUGGCCGCCCGAUGGCGUUCCUGCUGCAGGUGUACGCGCCGCUGCCGGGCCGCGCCGACGCCUUCCACCGCUGUCUCUUCCUCUUCUGCUGCCGGACGCCGCCGUGCUGCUGCGGCCUGCGCGUUUUCAGAAACCAGCUGCCCAGGCGAAAUGACUUCUAUUCCUAUGAGCCGCCUUCUGAGGAUCCUCCGUCAGAGACGGGAGAGUCUGUGCAUCUCCAGCUCAAGUCUGGUGCACAUCUCUGCAGAGUUUGUGGCUGUUCAGGCCCCAAAAGAUGCUCCAGAUGUCACAAGGCACAUUAUUGCAGUAAGGAGCAUCAGAGUCUGGACUGGAGAUUAGGACACAAGCAGGCUUGUGCACAGACAGAUAAUUUGGACAGUACAGUUCCAGAUCACAACUUCCUUUUUCCAGAAUUUGAAAUUGUAAUAGAAACAGAAGAUGAGAUUAUACCUGAAGUUGUGGAAAGAGAUGAUGAAUCAGAGAUUAUAGGAACCAUGGGUGAAGCGCAUGAGGAAGAAUUGGAAUCCAUGGCAAAACAUGAAUCUAGGGAAGAUAGAAUUUUCCAGAAGUUCAAAACUAAAACAUCUCUUGAACCAGAACAGAUUCUCAGAUAUGGCAGAGGGAUUGCCCCGCUCUGGAUCUCCGGUGAAAAUAUCCCUCAAGAAAAGGAUAUUCCAGAUUGCCCCUGUGGUGCUAAGAGAUUAUUUGAAUUCCAGGUCAUGCCUCAGCUGCUCAACUACCUGAAGGCGGACAGACUGGGCAGGAGCGUCGACUGGGGUGUCCUGGCCAUCUUCACCUGUGCCGAGAGCUGUAAACUGGGCAUUGGCUACACAGAGGAAUUUGUUUGGAAGCAAGAUAUAACAGAUGCAGCCUAAAGACAAUGGUGUGAAGCCUUAAAAUAUUCAUAAUCUCUUUUACCUUGCAGUUCCAUUUCUAGAACUUUAUCCUAAGGAAACAGUUGUACCAGAGAUACACAGAGGUAGUUUUAGGUGUUGUUUACAUUGUCUGAAUGUUAGACAGACAUGUCCAGCGGCAGGGAGUUGAAUAAAUUUUGGUGUAUCUAUCUAGCAGGAGGCUACCGUCUUAACGAUACAGACCUAUAUGCAGAUCAAGUAAAAUAGACAAAACCAUCCAUGAACCAUGUAUAUGCCACCUGUAGACCACCCCGUCUAUAUACCAGCUCAUCUUAGACCACCCCAUCUAUAUAGCAGCUCACCUUUAGACCACCCCAUCUUUAGACCACCCCAUCUAUUAGACCACCUCAUCUAUAGACUAACCAAUCUGUAAGACCACCCCAUCUAUAGACCACCCCAUCUAUAGACCACCCCAUCUAUAAGACCACCCCAUCUUUAGACCACCCGAUCUGUAAGACCACCCCAUCUAUAGACCACCCCAUCUAUAAGAUCAUUAUAGAUGGUGAAGGUUUUGUAAAAAUAUACAUGUGUAUGUAUAUCAAAAAUCAGAAAGAUACUAGAUGUGAACUCAGCAGUGGAACCAAGAACUUUUUACUUAUGUUCAAAAUGAAUUUUUUACUUUUGACUUAUAUUUAAAACAAACUAAAAUCUCUUUACUUAUUUUUUUUACAAUAUAAACAGAUUAUGUGCCUAAUUAAGUCAAACUAUCACUCAGAGCAUCUUCCCCCUAAAAUUUGCAAAAUUCAAGAGAAAAAUAUUUGGGUAAAACCCCAAAAGACAUGUAUAAUAACCAGGUGAUUGUCACAGGCUCCAGUUUACAUGGAAGCCCAGAAUGUGAGAAAAUUCUGAACCCCAUUCACUAAUUGGACUUCCCUGGUGGCUCAGACAGUAGAGCGUCUGCCUACAAUGUGGAAGACCUGGGUUUGAUCCCUGGGUCAGGACAAGGAUCCCUGGAGAAGGAAAUGGCAACCCACUCCAGUACUCUUGCCUGGAAAAUCAUUCACUAAUCACUAAUCAUUGACUAAUUAGUACAGUGAAUGGGAUACCCACCAAUUCUGAAGGCAACAGUUAGCAGGAUCAGAAAAGUCAGUAGAUUCGUAAUCAGAAGACUGACUUGGAAAAGCUCUACCUCAAAACUGACCUUAGCCAGUGGCACUGCUUACAGACCCGAGACGGAAAGGCAAGAGUGACGGUUUUCUCUUUCCAUCUGCCUGCCUCAGCACUGCCCAGGUAGCAGGUAAACCCGAGGAAUGAUUUGGAAUCAGCCACUGGAAUUUCUCUGGGUUGGGCCCCAGGGAGUGUUGGACCUAAGAGAGGCCCUGAAGAGGCUUUCAAAUGAGGGAUAUUCUGUUCACACAAGUGGUUCCUAAAUCAGUGUUAAGGCUCCUUUCCACCCAAGCAAUAUACAGUUACAGAUACACUUGAGAUAAUUCCCAGUUCUCUUAGCAGCAGUGAAGCCUGCCCAGCACUAAGGCAAACCUGAAGACAUCGCUGUUGACCGCUGCUUAAAGACCAACAGCUAAUUCUGGUUAAUGGCCCUGCUAACCUUGAAAUGCACUGCCACCAUAAACACAGCUUAGAACAGCCUGCCAUCACUUGCUAAUAUCACUGGCGAUUACUUCAUUGUACUUUUGUAUCAGGAAGUCCUAGCCUUUUACUCGGUUUUAUGUGGAUAGUAGUGUUAGUACUGUAGUGGUGCUAGGCACUCAGUCGUGUCCGACUCUGCAGCCCCAUGUACUGUAGCCCGCCAGGCUCCUCAGUCCAUGAAAUUAUCCAGGUAAGAAUACUGGAAUGGGUGGCCAUCCCCUUCUCCAGGGGAUCUUCCCAACCCUAGGAUCAGACCCAGGUCUCCCACAUUGCUGGGGGAUUCCUCACCAUCUUGAGCCACCAGGUGUGUGUGAGUGUGUAAUUCAUACAAAGAUGUGUAUAUAAAAUAGUUAAACGUAGCAAUCUAUGCAGAACUGCAGUAUGGAAUCCCAUGGAGAGACUGUUGAAUCCAACUUUCAGAGGGAGAGAAUGGCAUUACAGUCCUGGAGCCAGGAGUGCUGAGUCAGCGAGGAUCACCGUAACUAAGGGGACACAGCCUGGGGCUACUGAGACAAUAUGGUAGGAGUCACACACUUGGCAGGAAGCUCACUGGAGAACUGAUCUACUGCGACCUUCAUAGUCCAAACUCACUCAGAUGCACGUUUGCCAAAACAGGACAGCACCCUGACUGCUAAGGACUUUUUAAGUGAAUUCACUGUGGUCUAUUUGGAGACAUCCCUGGAUGUCUACAUACACAGGCUUGCAGGCGUGUGGUAAUCAGCCAAGCUACUUUAGGUAUAUAUUCCUGCCAUGGUCUGGAGAUGACAGUGAGUUCACAGGGCAUUUCCACUUGGAUACAGACAUCCAAAUCACAGCACUGACUUGGCAGCCAUGUCCAAAAACAGCAGCUAGUUGAAAUAACUAAAAAAUUUAAAACUUAGAUUAAAAAAGUAACUCAGUUGUCCCUAGAAAUGUGAAGACACGUUUACAAACCUUAACGACCAUGAAAUGACUGACGCAGGACCCAGCAGCUGCUCCUGCAGAGGACGUCAAACUGCCAGAGCACAUGCCCCACCAUCCCCCCAGCCUGGGCUUGGCCUGGACACCGGCGGACCAGGCAGCUUACCCCACUGCAGAAAGCAGUGCAUCCACCCCCUCUUAUUUCAGAUGCUGAUGCCGGUCUCAUCCUUCAACAGUUCAGAGAUUACAGUGAAAAAACGUUUCAGUGCUUUUGAUAAUCAUAUUGGUGGUGGUAGUCUGUUGUUCUAACUCAUCAUCCCUUGUGUCUUUAAAAAUUAAGGGUUCUAAGCAUAAAAUACAUUAACACAGAGCUGAUGGGGUACACAUGUAUACCUGUGGCUGACUCACGCUGAUGUAUGGCAAAAACCAUUAUAACACUGUGAAGUUAUUAUCUUCCAACUAUAAUAAAUUUAAAAAUAAUACAGAGCUGACUAAAAGCCCUGUAGUCUGGAUUGGAUGUAUUAAUAUGAACACGAGGCAUUUUUAUCUUGAGAAAUUUUAAAGGGAAAAUAAGCACUUAUCCUGCUAUGUGAAGUAUAUCACUAUAAAUAAAGUUUUCCAACAAAUAAUGAAAAAA